CAGCAGCAUCACACUUUUUCGCUGCUUGCGCUCUCAGUAUAAUCUCAACCUUUAAAAAAUAAAUUGAUCAGAAUUAUCGAAUUUUUGCACCUUUACUUUUCGCGUAAAAAGUUUAAUUUUUGAUUUUAAAAAUGCCUGGACGUCCCUUGUGGCAAGUAGCUGGAAAGCGCGAACCGGAACAGGAAGCCGCGGCACAGAGGUGGAUUGAGCAAGUAAUCGGUGAGAGGUUUCCACCCGGUGUCCCUUACGAAGAAGCUCUAAGGGAUGGAAUAAUAUUCUGCAAGCUAAUGAACCGCCUAAGACCAGGAAUAAUAACCAAAAUCAACAUAUCCGGUGGCGAUUACAAAAUGAUGGACAAUCUUAAUCAGUUUCAAAAAGCCUGCAUUAAAUAUGGAGUUCCGGAUGUCGAUUUGUUCCAAGCUGUUGAUUUGAUGGAGCGAAAAAAUAUCGCACUUGUUACCAAUACUAUCUUCGCUAUUGGACGCACUACUUACAAACACCCAGAAUGGCGCGGACCUUGGUUAGGACCAAAACCAUCAGAAGAAAACAAAAGAUACUUCACAGAAGAUCAACUCCGAGCAGGAGAAGCUGUAAUUGGCCUUCAAGCUGGCUCCAACAAAGGAGCCACUCAAUCAGGCCAGAAUUUCGGUGCCAGCCGUAAAAUCCUUCUCGGAAAAUAAAUAGCCCUAAAAUAUUCGCAAAUAUAUACCUCGCGUGUUUUUUUACUAACAGUUAAUUUAAAAAGUGGAUGUAAUUAAUAAAAAUAUGUAAAAAAAAUUA